UGCCAGGUUGCGUGCAUGUUGCGCAAACCGUUCUUGUUAUAUUAGCAAUGGCUGGGUACUUUCUGGACAGACCGCGUAUGUGUUUAGUACCUUAACUAGUUUUCCAUGUGCCGUCCUCCCCUCAUCGUGUUUCCCCAGCGGGAGGCUGGGAGGGCUGGCUACCAGAAGCAGCUCCAAAUGUCAAGGCCUGGAAAAUCCAACCAGCCCGGACUCUGCAUCCCUGGCUCAGGUGGCAAGAGCACGAGGGCAGGGAUGGGGGGAAACGCCCCUCCAUGUUCCACCUCUGCAGAAUAACACUGCUGCUGGUCUGGCCCCCGUGCCUCCCGGAUGCAGGCUCCUCCCAGCCAUCUCACACACCUUGGCCAACUCAGUCCAUGUCGUACCUCUGCUGCUCAAGAACCUACAAUGGCUGUCCACUACCUAACUGUGUCAACAGUAGGUCCUCGGCCUAGUAUCUAAGUUUCUGCCAUCAACUGGUCUUGUCAGUUUCAUCCCCGGUUACUUCUGUACCCCACUCUGGAGUCAGCCUACUGGAAACCUUCUUUGAGCAACACCAUUUUUCUUAGCACACGGCCUUGUGCAGGGGAAGAUGAGCCGCUAUUCAUCAUGAAAACUGCCCAUCUAGAAGGAGACGCAGGGACAAGAAGAGGCUUGGAAGGCUGGACAAAGGCCAGGCACCUCUACUCUGGAUCAGCCCCAUGUCAGAACGAGCUUACAGGGACUGAAGGGCUGGAAUCCUGGGGCCCCAUGGGUGCCACUCCCAUGGCAUUGCUCAAGACCCUGCUAUGCUCUAAGCCUGGUCUGGGCUCUGUGGGGAAUUCAGAGGACAUUUGCUUUUGGAACCCAGCUACCACACUGCAAGGAAGCCAAGUGGCCACACGGAGAGGUCACCCGUGGAUGUCUGACCAACAGUGCCAGCUGAGGCCCCAGCUGGCAGCCCCCACCCACCCACCACCGAACAGACUUACCAAAGAUUUGUACAAGGUCAGGUGCUAUGUGACAUUUGCAGCCCGAGAGACGCACGCCAUCCGUAGCACCCCUGUCCUCAAGCCCCCGGCCUACCUGGAAAAGGAGACGCCAGCAGGGUCUGCCUUUCUAUUCCUGGAGCCCCUGCCUGGGACAAGGGCUGGGGGGAAGUGGGCUGCGGACUUCGUGGAAAUGAGGCAGCGACUGGUGAUUGAUGUGUACUGGGUUAUCUGGAAUGGGCACUGUUAG